CGCUUUGAUCGGGAGGCAGACGACUGUCGCAAAGUACAGGAAAAGUUUCUGUUGGAGAUAAUAAGCAGCAAUCGAAACACUGUUUUUGGGCGAGAGUACAACUUUGAAAGCAUACAGAGCAGUAAAGACUUCAUAAAUGUUGUUCCACUAGCGACCAAGGCUUCUUACAAGGAAUAUGUUGGUAAGCCAUGCACAUUUAACACACUAACUCUAUUUAGUCCUAAAUCUCUCCGGGGGAGGGCGGGCACUCCCUUAUCUUACCUAAACAGGUAAGUUCUGCCCAGCAGGGUCUUGAGUCAAUUGCGUUAUUGAUUGCGACAGGGUGUGAACAUUGGCAGUGCUCCCUCCCCUCCCCCCACCCUCCACCGGGAAUUCAUCUCCCCCUCACAGGUAUCUUAAAUGUAUACCAUUUCUAACAUUUACUGACCCUUUUCUUCAAACUUGGCACGAUUUGGAGAUCAGCACACGAGAGACACUUCCAAUUCAAUUCAAUUUAUUUGCAUUUCCAAGGCAUUACAAUAUACCGGCCGAUUACAAUAAUUCAUCAGCAAUGCACUGACCUUUUUAGGCAAUGACUCAAUAGAAAAAAAGUUGAUGCGGUAUAGUCAUAGAGAAAAAAGGAUAUAUAACAACAAUAAAUCCUUCACAAUUCAAACAUCUAUAAAAACGCCAUAGCUAAAAGGAGAAUAAUUAAGGAUCACAAUAAUAGAGAAAAAGAAGUAACAGGAAGAUUAUAAUUAAUGUUGUUAUUAUUCUUCGUGUUUACUUUACCCUUCGUUCAAAGCUUUGACCCGUAAAGCGUCACGUUCAAAGAUUGGAAAAACAUAAUCGCUAAGGCGAAUGGCUAACGACUUAUUAGAGUUGGAUAGGGCAGGCACGGCCAGUAAAACUCGGAGAAUUACAGGCGCGGAUCCACACCGGUCAGAUUUUUCAUAAUAAAGAUAUUUUUAAUAAAGAAAAAAACUUUCCAAGUUGCAAGGCUUCAACCGAGGAAAAUGGAACUGGCCAAUACCCUGUCUGGAUGACUUAGAAUCCCAGGAAAGGGGACUUAAGGGAGUUACAAUACAAAAGUUUUCCCGGGGAAGCAUGCGCCCGGACUCCCCUAGAAGCUUUCGCCUUCGGCGGUCGUUCAGGAAUUCGGCCAGUAUUUAUCCUAGAUACGCGCCUGAAUUAGGUGGCUGUUUUUUGACACCGUGAAUGCUGAGGGCGCUGCAUGGUUAACCCUUUAAGCCCCAAUAUCCACAUACAAAUUCUCCAAACUGAUCUCCAUACAAUUCCUAAAAGAAUAAGUUGAGAGAAUUUGGUAGAAGAUCAAAGCAGUUUCUCUUAGGUGAUCAUUUUAUUAACUCUCAUAACCAUUUCUCUUGGCAACACAUGGACAUUGUUAGGAGAAAAUUAAUGUUGGACACUAUUGAGGCUUAAAUAGUUAAACUUUCAAGAAGUCCAAACUGAACGAAUCUCUGCUUAAUAACACUAAACGCCCUUGGUCCUUCGUCAAAUCCAUGACAAAACAAAAUCGCACACCUUCCUUUCUGAGAGACGGCCAUUUAUGGUUUUAUUCUAUUUGGAUUUGGGGGCAAGAUUUCAACUAAGACAUUGUCCUUCGCAUUAUAAUAUUUAUUUAUUCAUUUUUUUAUCUAACGUAUUUUAUAUUUUCUUAUAUUUUUUUUAUGUACAUAUUAAUUAAUAACAUGAACAAAUUCAACAAAGUAAAGUAAAGUAAUUUCUAAGUGUAACGAGAAUUUACUUUUACAGACUCCCGAUAACUCGAACCUUCUAGGGAAAUCGAAAAAAGCCCGAGUUAUCGGGAGUUCGAAGCAAUUAAUAGCCUCUGAAAUGUACCUAAAAGAACUUGUUGCUCUUUCAUUAUCCUUUCUCUAUUUUAGAGUAAAUAUUUUGACCGUUAAUUCCCAAUUAUCAGUCACGUGACGAAAAUUUGAGCUUCUAAAAUGUCUCAUAUUGCUAAGGCCAUUAAGCUACAUUUGUAGUUCAAUUUUCAGGAUCAUUGAUGGAAGCAAACCGUUCUAGAUAGCAUUUUACCUAAAUAUGCAUAUGCAGUCAAGCCUUAAGUGGCCUAAGUGACAGCUGUUUCAAAAUUAAAUAAAUUCAGUUUUUCGGACUUUAGUACACGAUUUUUUUCGUCUUGUUUUCUUCCGUCUUUUCGCGCUUAAAACAUGGUCCGAGUUAUCGAGGGUAAAAUUGUAUAGAAAUGAUCUGAAGGAAAACAAAAAUUACUUCGAGUUAGCGGGAGGUUCGAGUUAUGGAGGGUCGAGUUAUCGAGGGUAUAAUUAUAAAAAAUGUAUCAAGGAAAUCCCGGGGAAAAUCGACUUGGGUUCUAGUUAGCGAGGGUUCGAGUUAUCGGGAGUCAAGAGUCAACUAACAUCUAUUAAUCGUCCAAAAUUAGUGGCCGAUUCCUUAGAAACGGUACCAAACAGUCUGGAUCCCCUAAGCGCAAGGACUUUUUGAAUUUCCCUUGCAUUGAAAAUGACUUAAAUCUUUGCUUCGAUUUUAACGUAUGAAGACAGGAUCGCUAAAGGUGAAGAUGGGGUGUUGACAAAAGAGAAGACCAGCAAACUGGCCGUGACGUCAGGAACCACAGGCUCCCCAAGUAUGAUACCUCGUGUUCAGAGUCAGGAGAAACCAAUCCGUACUGCAGUAGCCGCACUGUCGAGUGCUAUGUAUUCUGCACGUCCUCAGGUAGACGAAAAAGGUUUGCUGUUAUUGGCGAAAAGGGACCCCUACUUGAAUAAGCGCCUAUCCCUUAACCACACUAGCAAAUGAGCGUUCCUCUCAUGCCCAGCGGGGGUGAGUCCCUUAAAAUUAUGUACGAUCUUUAUAUGUGCCACCCCCUAAGGGUAUGGUUUUGGUCUGAAAGAGGAUAUGAAUUAUGUCCAUGGUGGUCUGAAAUAGGAUCGAGAAAAGGGCGGUACAACCCUACUAAGAAUUCCUAAGAGUACCCUUUCUCUGGGUGCUUUCUUUAAUAUUAUUAAGAUCAAAGUAAAUAUAUCUAAAGGAAAAUCUUUUCCUUUACUCAUCACCUUUAGAAUUUCUUAAAAUUUAUUAAAAUGUGAGUAUCCAGCGCAAACAAAGGAAAACACCUUCUUGUCCGUUCACUUCCAGCCUGGAGUUUUGUCUCUCUUCAAGUGUUUGCCUUUUUUUUUUUUUUGUGCAUUAUCCACUGUGUUCAUUUUUGUCAUAUUACCAUGCACGCCAUUUUUAAACGCCACAAAUUCUAAGUCUUACUAAGGGACCCCUUUGAUUAAGCGCCUUCUUUGAAUAUGCACCCUCUCUUUCGCAUGAACUUUAAAUAGGCUCUCGCGCACUUAUUUCAUCAAACGCGCUAAUUCAAGAGCCUUGUGAUUCGAUUGGUCUUACACUGCACCUUCAGGUUAUGUAGCUAGUGUAGCCAACCUGACAUUACAAUUUUAUUCCUUAAAUUGCAGACUUUUAAUCUUCAGAAAACUCUGGGAUUCUUUAGACGAAGUAGAAACGUAGAGAUAACUGAAGGCGGAAUACUUAAAGGUGCUAUAACCAAUAACACACCAAGCGUAUCUGAGUUGGCACGGUACUCGACCCCAGCCGCCGGCUUCCACAUUUUCGAAAGCCACGCGUCGUACUAUGUUCACUUGCUAUUUGGUUUAAAGGAUCGUAACAUCGGAACUAUAUUUUCGUACUUGGCCGUGUACACAUAUAGAGGUUUUCUGGAACUAGAGAAAAACUGGCAACGUCUGGUGAAGGAUAUUGAAGAAGGAAGUUUGGACUCCGAUCUAGAAUUGGAUGCUAAGACAAGAAGGUAAAAAUUAUGUUGAAAGUAAUCACGUUUGAGCCCUAAGCUUGCUAAGUGUAUUAGAGUUUAAGGCAAUUCCAGACCUUCAGAUAAGGGGGAGCCCGGUCAUCCAGACGCUGAGAUAAGUGGGAGACCAGUCUCCAAAAAUUUUUUUUCACCCUGUCAGUUUGGUCUAAAAAUAAGGGGGGCGGGCCUUCCGGGCCCUUCCCCUGGAUCCGCAACUGAUUUAUUGAUUUGGGAUUGGAUCGAGUGAUGGCGGCGUAAGAACGAAAAGUCUCUGUGUCGAAGAAAUGGGAUCCUUUAGUCCCUCUCCUCAACAUUAAUUGUUACUAAAAGACCUGCUUACUUUUGAGAGGGCAUCGUUUUUCAAACAUGAUUUAGCGCUCUAUUUGUUUCCUCGUUGUACUGCUUGCCACCGAAAACACCGAACGAGGAAUAAAAGUGCCUGCGUUUGUAAACAGAGACGCAUUAUUGUGCAUCGAGCGGCGACCAAUUUGCCUCUUCUCAUCACCGUGAAAAAAGGAGGAUCAACACGUGAUGGGGGAACUUUAAUUGUUGUUUUACUAUGGUGUUGUUUCAGUGAGCUGGAUAGGUAUCUUAAACCUGACAAGAAGCGAGCUGAAGAAUUACGAAAAGAAUUCCAGGCAGGAUUUGAUGGAAUAGCAUCAAGAAUCUGGCCAAACUUAAGGAUUAUAAGGGGUAGGACUACAGGUAUGGUAGCAAAGUGUCAUGUUUUUGUCUUCAUCAGAUUAAAAAAAAAAAAAAGUGGACACCAGGAUGCUACGAAUCACUACUCGCUCGCCACAAGCAAAGAACGCACCCAAAAGCACUGUCAUUGCUCAGUUUUCACUUGCUUUAUUUCCAGAUCCUCGUUGCAAACCUGACUUUUAAAAAAUGAUGCGAUUUUAAGGAAAUUUGUGUUUGCCAAUAUUUUUUUCCUCCCUCGUUAUUUAGGGCGACAAGAGUUGUAUGCAAAGAGACUGCGAGAAAAAUACACGGGUGAUGUGCCUAUGUACUCUUCUUUAUACAUAAGUUCUGAAUCGAUCAUUGGUGUCAAUUUAUGGCCAAAAGAUGAGCCGAUGUAUCUUCCUGUGCUGUCAGCCGCCUUUUUUGAAUUUGUACCUGUUGAAAAUUGCCAUGAAGAACAAGCCAAGGUAAGUUUUCGUUGGACAUUAUGUCCAGAUUGAUUAGUCGCGAGGUUUUUCUUACACCCUCUCUUGCGGACGAGUCGCGCAAGCCAUGUCAUGAUUGUACAGGCAUAUGUAAAAAAGAAACAAAAACUGCUUUUCAUUUCUCAUUCUUUUCAGCGCCGCUCACUUUAUAUACUUUUUCAGUCUCAUCAUGAGAAGGAUAACAUCGCAGUGGAAGCAUUUUUUCUCCUAUUUUUAACUCUUUAUGACCACAGUCAAUCAUGAAAAUAAGUGACAUUUCUUUAGGGGGGGUGGUUAUCCAGACCCUGGGAAAAGGGGAGGCAGUCUCAAAAGAAUUUUUUUCGGCCCUUCGGGCCUCGGUUUGGUCUAAGGGCUUUUCUGCGUUGUUCCCGCAAGUUGCGUAAUUCACGUUCACAGUGAAAAGCCACAGAACUGGAACUUGGCCAAUACAAGCCAAACUUGCACGAGAGUCAAUGGAAAUUGUUUCAAUAUAGUAUAUGCGUAUAUAUAUUUGUGUGAAUUUGCUAAAAGGUGCCUACUAAGUGUCAAGCCAGGGUAGCGGGCAAAAAUAGAGGGGGCUGCCCCGGGACCCAAUACCGGCAGAUACCCCAGGGACAGACCUAACAGUGGGUGGGUGGAUGGGAGCUCUGGACCAAAGUACGGGGAGACUUUCGACACUUUGACAAGUUAGAAAGCAGCAGUGCAAAGUCGAGGAAUUUUUCCUACGGGCUACCCCAGCCAGAUAAUUGCUCUCACUGGACGAAAAAACGGAUUUACCUCUAUAGCAAAUUUUGAGCAAAUCAUCUGCAAAUGCCACAUUUGCUUAAUUUUGCUCAGUUUUGCUACAUGACAUAGGACCAACUUUGCCAUAAUUUUGCGUUAGUGGCAAAGGUGGUAAAUGCCGAAUUUGCCUCAAAUUUGCCCCGUGUGUAAAAACAAGGAUAACCUUUACUUUAUCAAGGCAUUUACAGGGGUGUCAAACUUGAUAGCAAAACUGACAUUUGUCAGGUUUUUGCCCAAAUGGGCAAAAAAAGCGAUCGAAGAUGAAUUUUUAAUGCUUUUGCUCUCUAUAGAAAAUUCGGUCAAAGUAGUAAUUUGCCACAUUUUUGCUCAAUGUAGCAAAAGUGACCAAAACUCAUUUUUCAACAGUUUUGCCCAGGAUAGUAAAUCUGAGCAAAAAUUCACCUUAUUUGUGUAUCGCCCAGUGUAGUAAAUGAGGUCAAAUUAUCACUUCUUCCGUAUCUUUGCUCAGUGUGGCAAAUAUGAUCAAAAUAGGCGUUUGCCACUGUUUUGCUCAGGGUAGUAAAUUUGGCCAAAUACCACUUUAUUCUCAAUUUUGCUCAGGAUGGCAGAUAUGAUCAAAACAGUAGUUUCCCAUACUUUUCCCCAUUGUAGCAAAGUUGAUCAAAUAUCAGUUCUUCUGUAUCUUUGCUCAAGAUGGCAAAUAUUGCCAUGAUAGCAGUUUUCCAUACUUUAAGUAAGGUAAACAAAGUUGAUUAAAAUAUCACUUUUUUACACUUUCGCUCAAGAUAGCAAAUCUGAUCAAAACAUCAUUAUCCAUAUGUUUCUUAUUUUUAUUUGGUAACAUAAAUGACUGACAAACAAUUUAGACACCAAACAAAAUUUCAAGAAUAAAAUGACUUUAUUAUCUUUAAUAUACACUGUACAAUAAAAAGCAAGAUAAAUUAAAAGAAAGUUCCAUUGGCCUCUGCAGGGCACUGCAUGUACCACAAAAUAUAUGCCUUUAAAUAAAAAGCACAUACAAUGUGAAACUAUCUAAAUUCAUAAGUGUAUAAGAAUGUACAUUGGGUUUGAAAGUGCAAGUCAACACUAGCUGGUUCAUAAUUAUCUAAGGUUGGUACAGAUAAAACGUAACUCCAUUUGAGUGGUAUACUUCAAAUAUACUCUUUCUAGAUUCAAUUGAUACUAUUGGCAAAUGGUUGUACGAUGACAACACGUACACAUCACUCCCAAUGUAGAUGUGACAUCCUUACUAAUGAACAGAACAUCAACCACAGGAAAUAAAAUUAGCCUCAAAUUAUUGUGAUAAGCGAUAUUCCUCUAAUUAUUAUUUAUAAGAACUUGUUUUCAUCUGAUAAAUAUUAUCCACUACCCAAAAUAGGCAGUGAAUAAUAUUAUAUAGUGUACCUAGUGCUAUUCACUUACCCCAAGGGGAGAUACAUCUGUAUGAUUCAUUUUUAACCAAAUCAGUUAUAUAAAAAUAUUUCUUGUAAAUAAAAUGAGUUACGAUGCAAAAAAAAAGCUCUGUGCAUUUCUAUGAUUUGGGUACGACUUUGAUAUAUUUUUACCCAGCAGUAAACACUUGUAAGGUUAAUUUUGUCACCUUCUUAGCAUGUACAUGUAUUUUAUUUUACAGGUGCUUCAUUUACUGCUAAACUUCUAAAACUAGCAUGAAAUGACACCCCAAUUUUACUCUCAUCCUAUAGGUAGCCAAAAGUGUUUCAAGUGUAUGAAAGCAAAUCUGCUAUCCACUGAUUUGGUUAAAUACUUGUAUUACUAUUAUUAUUAUUAUUAUUAUUAUUAUUAUUAUUAUUAUUACAUCACUGUAAAUAAUAUGAUUUGGUGAAAUUCUUGUAUUAUUAUAUGACCAUAAAUAAUUAUUUUAUCACAUUUAUUUUUUUCUACUAAAAUCAAAUUAUUUGCUAAAAAUUUGAGCAAUUUUUUUCUGAUUCACAUGAUCAGCUGUUUUGCUUGCAGUAUUGGACUGAUUAAAUAUCCAAAUUAUCUAAACACAAUCUAUACACUAUGAAAGCUCUGUAGAACUUCUUUAAUUCAUCAUCAUUAUUAUUGUUAUUGGCAUGCAGGUGAUUAAAAUUUAAGCCAUGUUUAUCAAAAAACUGUUGUCACACAUGGUAUUUUUUUUUUUGCAUAAAACAUAACUGCACUCUUUUUUCAUAAAAUAUGCCAUUUGGAGUCCAGUAAUUACUCUACUAUGGGGUGUAUUGGCUAGAUUUAGUCCUCGGAGUGGCACUUUUUAAGGCAGUGCUUAUGGUAGCCCUAGGAUCUGUCACCACUGCAGAAAGUGGAUGCAGAUGUAUCUCCAAUUACAUAUGUUGGGUGAAUGGACACGACGACUGAAAAUACAGCUGCAUUUACAGGCUACUAGAUGGAAGGUUUUUAAAAUUCAGUAAAGUUGCCAAGUUACAGAGUGAUUCGGUGCAAACUAACAAGGACAGCUCUGCAAAGAUGGCAAAUUUCGCAGACAAUUGUCUGGUAAGGGAAAGUUUGUGGCUCCACCAUACCAUACAAAGGUCAUUGAGAUUAUGUGACUUUGUGUCAACACUUUAUUUCAAAUCGGACUAAUCACAAACAGCGUAAGAACCUAGCCAAUCACAAAACGCUGACAUACAUGCAUGUCUUUGUGACCCUGUGGGAUUCAAACAUGAUAUUGUGCACUAAUUCUCAGACGGCAUGCUCUAUACAGAAGGUUUAGAGUGUCUGCAACACAGGCAAGAUUUUCACUGGAUUGUGACAAAUCACUCUGAGAUUUGGUAAUUUACCUAGUUUUAACGUGGCUCCUUCCCAUGGGUGUCAAAGGAUAUUCACUUACUACAUUGUAGGUCUUCAUCAAAACUCAAAAAAUUGUGCAAUUGUCUACUGAGUAAAUAUGAUUCUAGACAGGGCUGUGCUCUAGCAGAGCCCGGUGGCCCCUGGCGCCUAACUUUUGUCCUCGGGCGACUAGAAAAUCACAGAUUUUUCAUACAAAUCAUAUGCUGGGCACCCUAGAUUUUACAGAUUCAGAGGACUGGGCUCCCUUCAAUUUUCCUUAGAGCACAGCCUUGCUAGAAACUUAACUGAAAAGGAACUGAAUCAUGAUGCAUGUCAACUUCAACUUGAGUGUUAUUAUUUUUUGUAAAUUUUUAUCUAAAAUGUCUUCUUCUUUUCUGAAUGUUCUUCAAAAAAUUAUCUGUGUUAUGCUUAUGAUCAAGUUCCUUUUUCUAUUGUAAGUGGUGGGUGCCAGAGCAAACUCAAACUCAAACUCAAACCCUGGUGCUCCUUGGUUUGAUGCUGGUCUCACUGUGUGCUCUAUUACCAUUAUUUUCACUUCAUUGGCUUUGACACCAUGCAACUUUGCGGUCCAACUGGGCCAUUAAACCAUUAACCUCAAUGCUCUGCCAGGAAAGUGGCCUUACACAGAGAUUUUCCCUGUUUGGGAGGUCCUCAUCUGAACCUGAAGAAUUACCUUCAUGCCACUCUGAUACAGCUGUUUCAGACAAAGACUCCUCUGAUGACAUUAUAUGCAACAGACAUACAUGCAAGCUACUUGUCCUUGUCUAACUAACUGAUGCUAGUUGACUCCCUCAGAGCAUAUUGGCCCUUUAAUUUUUUUUCUGAAAGAAAAAUGAAGAGCCAUGAUUUAGCAGCCAACAAGUAACCCACAGUCGGUAAACAAGCAUGUACUGCUCAUGCUCAGUGUAAAUGAUUGGGUUGCAGAACAAUGACACGAUUCUAAAAGCUGAAAACACUCUCUUAAUCAAAGGAACAGUUUGAGGAUAUUUGUGAGAAUAAUUUCUCCCUGCAUUUUAUUCCUACUAACUUUUUCAUUAAAUAUAUAAUAUGUUUUCUGGAACAGGUGUUAAAGUAGAGAGCAGAAAUGCCUCUUUCUGUUGAAUCUGCAUUUGUUUCAUUAAGACUCUUUUAAGUGUAAAUAAAAACUGAAAUAAAUUAAUUCCCCUAUCAUUCAAGAGCAGAACUGAUAGUGUCCCACAGGUCACCAGGCUCUAACAGAGGACAGCCGUGACUCAACUGUACACAUAAACCGUAAAAACGGUCAGAACCUGAGAAACAUAACAUUAAGGCAACCCACAUGUUGUUUAGAACAAUAAUUAAUUAAUUGUGGUUAUUUGGCAUGAUAAAGCCAAAGCAUUUACUCGCAAAGUGAACUAACAAAGAUCCCUCAACAUCAUUGAGCUGUACAAACGGUAUAAAUAAUGAGGAAUUGUCAUUUAAAAUGUGGAACAGUAAUACAGUGGUCACUUGGAAUGACACUAGUCUUAUGCUUCAAGAUCUGGCAAGUGCCGUCAUUCGCAAAAUGAGCCAAAAUUAAGAUCUCACAAUAUCACUGAACCAUAUUUAUAAAGCAUAAGAGUUUUGGAUGGUACAAUUUAUGAAAGAAGAAUCACUUGUCAUUUAAAUGUGGAACAAUAAUACGGUGGUCACUCAGAAUAACACAUAGGCUUCAAGAUCUGGCAUACGCCGUCACUCGCAAAAUGAGCCAAAAUUAAGAUCUCACAAUAUCACUGAACCAUAUGUAUAAACCAUGAGAGUUUUGGAUGGUACAAUUUAUGAAAGAAGAAUCACUUGUCAUUUAAAUGUGGAACAAUAAUACGGUGGUCACUCAGAAUGACACAUAGGCUUCAAGAUCUGGCAUACGCUGUCACUCGCAAAAUGAACCAAAAUUAAGAUCUCACAAUAUCACUGAACUAUAUUUAUAAAGCAUAAGAGUUUUGGAUGGUACAAUUUAUGAAAGAAGAAUCACUUGUCAUUUAAAUGUGGAACAAUAAUACGGUGGUCACUCAGAAUAACACAUAGGCUUCAAGAUCUGGCAUACGCCGUCACUCGCAAAAUGAACCAAAAUUAAGAUCUCACAAUAUCACUGAACCAUAUGUAUAAACCAUGAGAGUUUUGGAUGGUACAAUUUAUGAAAGAAGAAUCACUUGUCAUUUAAAUGUGGAACAAUAAUACAGUGGUCACUCAGAAUAACACAUAGGCUUCAAGAUCUGGCAUACGCUGUCACCAUAAAAUGAACCAAAAUUAAGAUCUCACAAUAUCACUGAACCAUAUGUAUAAACCAUGAGAGUUUUGGAUGGUACAAUUUAUGAAAGAAGAAUCACUUGUCAUUUAAAUGUGGAACAAUAAUACAGUGGUCACUCAGAACGACACAUAGGCUUCAAGAUCUGGCAUACGCCGUCACUCAUAAAAAUGAACCAAAAUUAAGAUCUCACAAUAUCACUGAACCAUAUGUAUAAACCAUGAGAGUUUUGGAUGGUACAAUUUAUGAAAGAAGAAUCACUUGUCAUUUAAAUGUGGAACAAUACUACAGUGGUCACUCAGAAUGACACAUAGGCUUCAAGAUCUGGCAUACGCCGUCACUCGCAAAAUGAACCAAAAUUAAGAUCUCACAAUAUCACUGAACCAUAAUUAUGUAUAAACCAUGAGAGUUUUGGAUGGUACAAUUUAUGAAAGAAGAAUCACUUGUCAUUUAAAUGUGGAACAAUAAUACAGUGGUCACUCAGAAUGACACAUAGGCUUCAAGAUCUGGCAUACGCCGUCACUCGCAAAAUGAACCAAAAUUAAGAUCUCACAAUAUCACUGAACCAUAUGUAUAAACCAUGAGAGUUUUGGAUGGUACAAUUUAUGAAAGAAGAAUCACUUGUCAUUUAAAUGUGGAACAAUACUACAGUGGUCACUCAGAAUGACACAUAGGCUUCAAGAUCUGGCAUACGCCGUCACUAUAAAAUGAACCAAAAUUAAGAUCUCACAAUAUCACUGAACCAUAUGUAUAAACCAUGAGAGUUUUGGAUGGUACAAUUUAUGAAAGAAGAAUCACUUGUCAUUUAAAUGUGGAACAAUAAUACGGUGGUCACUCAGAAUGACACAUAGGCUUCAAGAUCUGGCAUACGCCGUCACUAUAAAAUGAACCAAAAUUAAGAUCUCACAAUAUCACUGAACCAUAUGUAUAAACCAUAAGAGUUUUGGAUGGUACAAUUUAUGAAAGAAGAAUCACUUGCCAUUUAAAUGUGGAACAAUAAUACAGUGGUCACUCACAAUGACACAUAGGCUUCACUUUCAAAAUGAAAAAAUGCCGUCACUUUCAUAAAAUGAGCCAAAAUUAAAAUCUCACAAUAUCACUGAACCAUAUGUACAACCCAUAAGAGUUUUGGAUGGUACAAUUUAUGAAAGAGGAAUCACUUGUCAUUUAAAUGUGGAACAAUAAUACAGUGGUCACUCAGAAUGACACAUACUGUAGGCUCCAAGAUCUGGCAAGUGCCGUCACUUGCAAAAUGAACCAAAAUUAAGAUCUCACAGUAUCACUGAGCCAUAUGUAUAAACCAUAAGAGUUUUGGAUGGUACAAUUUAUGAAAUAAGAAUCAUUUGUCAUUUAAAUGUGGAACAAUAAUACACUGGUCACUCAGAAUGACACAUAUGCUUCAAGAUCUGGCAAACUUAUGCCGUCACUUGCAAAAUGAACCAAAUUAAGUUUUCACAAUAUCACUGAACGAUAAUUAUGUAUAGAUGUAAAACAAGAGUUUUUGACUGUAAAAAUUUCAAAAGGAAAAUCAUUUGUCAUUUGAAAUGUAGUAGAAUAUUAAUUAAUAAUAAAUUAUAGUGACCAUUGCUUUGUCAAGUGCUGUCACCUGAAAAGUACAGUAACCCCAAAGAUCUAACAUAUUAACUCAGCUGUACAACAAGGCAAAUUACUGAAUUAUGGACAUACUAAGGUCACAUCACCGACUUAUAUUGGUGCAAAAGAAAUGUUUGCCUGCACAGCUCAAGAUCUGGCUACUUAAGAUCAUUCCAUUAAUGAAGACGAUGCGCAUCAAAAAGUACAGUUAUUUCUGCAGUAAACAAAAAGGAAUCAAUCAAUGGCAUAUCUGUGCAUGCAUCUGAAAUUUUAAGACUUAUCUUUGAGGUUUUAAGCUUACGCAAAGUUAUUAGAAAACCAAAGUAAGUAAACGAACCACGAUAUCAAGAAGAACAUACCUUUCUGCAAUCCAGCUGAGUUGAUGACUUGAAAACAGGCUUUAUGUGAAGAAUAUCGCAACUGAUCACUGUCUCUCGAAAAUAACAAAGGUAUAAAUCGUAAUAGAACAGCUGAAUAGAAAGACAGGCUUUCUAUUAUCCGAAAAUAACAAAACUACUCGUUUUGCAACGCUGUAUUGCUUGAGAAGUCCGCGUGAAUUUGAACUGUUCAACGAAAGUUUAUUUUACACCAUUCUAUUGGUUCAAAAGCUGCACGUGACAAUGUAAAUCAAAUCGCGCAUGUGCCAAAGUCACGUGGAAGCCUGGGAAACAACAAACAUGGCGGCUGAUCUUGCGAUCGAGUGCAUUCAGGACUACAUUCACCCGGACGAUGAAACUCUGCAAUCUACUAUUGAAAUGACUCCUGGGUUCAAACCUUUCAGAUAUUGUGCAUUUUGUUCACGCAAAUUGUAAAUGGUAACGUUUUACGUCAGGGCCUCCUAUUCCGAGACUUCUUGUGAUAUCCCAAUAUCAGGAAACGCAUUCGACGCUAAACGAAAAAAAAGGGGGGAUGGCCUUACCCGAAAUAACCAGCUGCAGCAAGUAAUAUGAUAAACUCUGAGAAGAAUGUGAUGGUAAUUGAAACAGGGCAAUGGAAAAUCAAAACUUGCGUGAAAUAACACUGUGAAGUUUGGUAAAUGUGCAAACCUUGGUUAAAGUGGUCGUAAAGAUAGUUCUUUGAUCAUAUUUUGCUUCAAUUUACGCCUCUAGUAACCAUAAAUUUUCACAUUAACUUUGCUAUGCCAGAAAAUAUCAAGCAAACAUUCAUUUUUGACGUUCGAUUUUUACACAGAGAACAAAAUGUCGGCAAAUUUGAAUCUAAACACCAAAUUUACUAUGGGGAGCAAAAGUGAAACAAAAUAUCUGUAAACUUGAUAUUUACUCCACAUUUACGCCACCCUUGCAGAAAAGUAAACUUUCACUUUCGAGCAAUAUUUGCACCAAGAACAAAUAAGUAGCAACAUUAGUACCCUAAAUUUACAAUAGAUUUGCUCAACUAGCAAACUUAGGCAAAUCCGUUUUUUCGUCCAGUGUCUAUGUUGUUAAUUGUACUUCACGGGGGAGGGGAGUGAUUGACUAAUGAUGAGUGGUCAGCACUAUUGAACAAAUAUGUAUGCCAAGUCAAUAAAGGUUGUAGUAGGAGGUUAGGUUCUUGAUUCUUGGACUUUGCUCUCUAUAGACCGAUUUUUGCAAAUCCACUCAGACAUAUCUAGCCGAAUAUAUGAAAACCGCACCAGCUAGCAACUCUAGGCCACAUAUCUUAACUUAAUUUAAAUAGAGUAAAUAUUUGUAAAGAAAUUCCGCUCUUACCCACAAGCCCUCUAAGCUGAGUCUAUUCUUGGUUUCUGGCCUGAUUAGCAAAGAAAUAUUCAAGUCUAUCAAAAGGAAACUCUUAACUUGGCCAACUCUAGCGGCUUUAAGGCUCUAGAUGACAGAGGCAGCUCGAGACUUUAGCUAGCCCUAAGCAGAGAAUUCAAGACCACAUCGCCCUGACACGGCCUCGCAGCCCAGCAAAUGGGUGAGGGGAAUCCUUUUAUUGGUCAAUCGGCAUGGUACAUUUCAAAAAUUUGGCAUGACAAACUUAAAGCAGACACAAGAUCAGUGAACCGAUUAUCCAGAGACUAACUGACAACAUCACGCUUUUGCCGCAUCCUCCCCCCGCUAAGGAUUGACAUGUCAUAACAUUUGCGUCAUUUUAAUUUGGACUCGUUGAAAUGCUUCUAGUAACCACUAACUUACAGCCCGGCGUCAUAUAAAGGCUUUUAAUUGGCCUUUAAAUGAUGUUUUAUCGUUUUAAAUUGCCAAGUAGUAGAAUGAGUUGAUUUUCUUGCUAACCCGGUUUUCAAAAAUCCAGGUAUAUACAUCCGUCUAUAAAUGGCUGUACCGGACUGUAUACCUUGCCGUUGUUGAAGGUUUUCCAGAUGGCUUUAAUAAAGAAUUUCCCUCCUUUAUUUUCCUUCAUAGACUUGUUUAGCCGAGGACCUUGAAGUAAACUCUCUCUACGAGCUGGUUAUAACUACGCCGGGUGGUCUUUACCGAUACAGAAUGGGGGAUGUGGUCAGAGUCGCACGCUUCCACUACAAAUCUCCUGUCUUGGAAUUCCAGUACCGUAAAGGCACGGUUCUUCCUUGUCAUAUGACUGAGAAAAUGGUCUACGACGCAUUGUGUGAAUCAGUUGAAAGUUUCAAAGAAAUUAGACUGGUUGACUACACAUGCGCAGGAAGUCUGCUAUUUGAUGGCAUCUCAUCGGAGACUGGAACCAAGAAAGGACCAGAGCAGGAUCCUUUCCAUAUCGUGUUUGUAGAGCUGAGCGGUUUUUUGACAAAAGAAGAAAUGUGUUUACUCCAAGAAAAGGUAUAG